CAUAGAACUUAAAACACUACAAAAAAAUGAAGAUGGUUCUCGCCGCUAUCUUCUUAGUAUUUUCUCUCUUCACCUUCUCCCAGGCUUCCGUAGUAGAUUUCUGUGUUGCUGACUAUACAGCUCCCAACGGCCCUGCAGGGUAUUCUUGUAAAAGUCCUGCAAAGGUCACCGUAGACGAUUUCGUAUACAGUGGCCUUGGAGCCGUUGGAAACACCUCAAACAUCAUAAAAGCCGCCGUGACGCCUGCAUUUGAUGCCCAGUUUGCAGGCGUCAACGGCCUUGGAAUCUCCACGGCCCGUUUAGACUUGGCACCGGGUGGAGUGAUACCACUCCACACGCACCCCGGUGCCUCGGAGCUCCUUGUUGUGGUGCAAGGAACGAUCUGUGCAGGGUUCAUUUCUUCCGAUAACACGGUGUAUUUCAAGACCCUCAAGAAGGGAGAUGUUAUGGUGUACCCUCAAGGGCUUUUACACUUCCAACUCAAUGGUGGUGGGACUCAGGCUUUGGCGUUUGUGAGCUUCAGCAGUGCCAAUCCUGGACUUCAAAUCUUGGACUUUGCGUUGUUCAAGAGUGAUUUCCCAACUGAGUUGAUAACGCAGACAACUUUUCUUGAUGCUGCUCAGGUGAAGAAGCUCAAGGGUGUGCUUGGAGGCUCAGGUUAAUUGAGACAUUAGUGAAGAGAGAAAAUAGUGAUUGUAUUUGUUUUGUUUUGUUACGUUGAACUGAAUUUGUAUGUUUCUCAUUUGUGUGUCUUCGUUUUGGAUUUAGCGCGUAUUGCAUGCAUGUAAAACUAGUAGGGUCUUCCUUCUUUUGUAUGGUUUCUUUGUGCCAAUGUAAGUUUGUCUUAACGGGAAAUAACUUGUAGUUUAAUGUUUGGU